AAACAGAAACAUACACAGGGGGAUUGGUGAAUGGUGCCGACCGCGGCCAUCGCAGUUGGAGGCUUUUUUUGGGGGGGGCGGUGAGUAGCGUCCAUGGAGUUACUUUGCGCCCAUUUCUAGCGGCAAGGGCUUAGGUCCAGCGGGCUGGCCGUCCCCAGCAGGGGUGCGGGGCCGGGGACGCCACGGGCCCGGCCGCCUCCCUCGCCGCGACCCCGGAUGGAUGCGCGCCCCCCGCCCGCCCGCGCCGGCCCCAGGAGCUCCGGGUUUCGGGAGCAUCCUUCCCGCGCCGGCCCCCGCCGCGGCGCGUAGUCCAGGGCAGCGCCCCUCGGAAGGGCACCGCGGAGGAAGGCUAGGCCAGAGAGCCAGCUCCCUUCUCUGAAGAAGGGAUUGGAAGGACCCUGCAGUUGCCAAUGGUCAGCCUUCUCUGGGAGCGAGCGGAGUGAGCUUUGCCCUCUUCUGAGGUGGAGGGUAGGGUGAGAAGGUGCCAAAGGACAAAAUAGACAAAGCACCUUUCAUUCUUCCAGGACCCCCUAGAUGGAAGAGAAGAGGCGAAAAUACUCCAUCAGCAGCGACAACUCUGACACCACUGACAGUCACGCUACAUCUGCAUCAAGAUGCUCCAAACUGCCCAGCAGCACCAAGUCGGGCUGGCCCCGGCAGAACGAAAAAAAGCCCUCAGAGGUUUUCCGGACAGACCUAAUCACAGCCAUGAAGAUCCCAGACUCCUGCCAACUCAGCCCGGAUGACUACUACAUUCUGGCGGACCCAUGGCGGCAGGAAUGGGAGAAGGGCGUGCAGGUGCCCGCUGGCGCAGAGGCCAUCCCAGAGCCCGUGGUGAGGAUCCUCCCGCCGUUAGAAGGCCCCCCUACCCAGGUAUCCCCUAGCAGCUCUGAACUUGGCGAGGGCUCUCAGCCUGAUUGGCCUGGGGGCAGCCGCUAUGACCUGGACGAGAUUGAUGCAUACUGGCUGGAACUCAUCAACUCGGAGCUCAAGGAGAUGGAGAGACCAGAGCUGGAUGAGCUGACACUAGAGCGUGUGCUGGAGGAGCUGGAGACCCUGUGCCACCAGAAUAUGGUGCGGGCCAUCGAGACUCAGGAGGGGUUGGGCAUUGAGUAUGAUGAGGAUGUCGUCUGUGACGUAUGCCGCUCUCCUGAGGGCGAAGAUGGCAACGAGAUGGUCUUCUGUGACAAAUGCAACGUCUGCGUGCACCAGGCAUGCUACGGGAUCCUCAAGGUGCCCACGGGCAGCUGGCUAUGCCGGACAUGUGCCCUGGGUGUCCAGCCAAAGUGCCUGCUCUGCCCCAAGCGAGGAGGAGCCUUGAAGCCCACCAGAAGCGGGACCAAAUGGGUGCACGUCAGCUGUGCUCUGUGGAUUCCCGAGGUCAGCAUUGGGUGCCCCGAGAAGAUGGAGCCCAUCACCAAGAUCUCGCAUAUCCCAGCCAGCCGCUGGGCUCUGUCCUGCAACCUCUGUAAGGAGUGCACAGGCACCUGCAUCCAGUGUUCCAUGCCUUCCUGUGUCACAGCAUUCCACGUCACAUGCGCCUUUGACCACGGCCUGGAAAUGCGGACUAUAUUAGCAGACAACGAUGAGGUCAAGUUCAAGUCAUUCUGCCAGGAGCACAGUGAUGGGGGCCCUCGGGGUGAGCCUACCUCCGACCCCGUGGAGCCCAGCCCAGCCAGCGAGGACCUAGAGAAGGUGACCGUGCGCAAGCAGCGGCUGCAGCAGCUGGAGGAAGACUUCUACGAGCUGGUGGAGCCAGCCGAGGUGGCUGAGCGGCUGGAGCUGGCUGAGGCGCUGGUCGACUUCAUCUACCAGUACUGGAAGCUGAAGAGGAAAGCCAACGCCAACCAGCCUCUGCUAACCCCCAAGACCGACGAGGUGGACAACCUGGCCCAGCAGGAGCAGGACGUCCUGUACCGCCGCCUCAAGCUCUUCACACACCUGCGGCAGGACUUGGAGAGGGUGAGAAAUCUGUGCUACAUGGUGACACGGCGCGAGAGAACGAAACAUGCCAUCUGCAAACUCCAGGAGCAGAUAUUCCACCUGCAGAUGAAGCUGAUUGAACAGGACCUAUGUCGAGAGGGAUCUGGGAGGAGAGCAAAGGGCAAGAAGAGCGACUCAAAAAGGAAAGGCCGCGAGGGCCCAAAGGGCAGCCCCGAGAAGAAAGAGAAAAUGAAGGCGGGGCCCGACUCAGUCCUGGGGCAGCUGGGCCUGUCCACCUCCUUCCCCAUCGAUGGCACCUUUUUCAACAGUUGGCUAGCUCAGUCAGUGCAGAUCACAGCAGAGAACAUGGCCAUGAGCGAGUGGUCACUGAACAACGGCCACCGCGAAGACCCCGCUCCGGGGCUGCUGUCGGAGGAGCUGCUGCAAGACGAGGAGACACUGCUGAGCUUCAUGCGGGACCCCUCACUGCGGCCCGGGGACCCUGCCAGGAAGGCCCGGGGCCGCAGCCGCCUGCCUGCCAAGAAGAAGCCACCGCAGGAUGGGCCUGGCUCACGGACAACUCCAGACAAAUCUCCCAAGAAACCCUGGGGCCAGGAGGCAGGCAAGGCAGGGCAAGGGCCAGUGGCCCGGAAACCAACGCGGCGAACGCCCUCCCACCUGCCAUCUAGCCCUGCAGCUGGGGACUGUCCUGUUCCAGCGGCCCCCAAGAGCCCUCCUCCUCUGGCCCCUGAGACCCCGGACGAGACAGCCCCAAUGGCUGCCGACUUGAAUGUCCAAGUGCCUGGCCCUACAGUGAGCCCCAAGCCCUUGGGCCGGCUCCGGCUGCCCCGCGACAAGGGAACCCAGAGAUCGCCAGGUGCCAGGCCUGAUGCUGGGACAGGACCUCCCUCCACUGUCGCCGAGAGGCCCAAGGUCAGCCUACACUUUGACACUGAGACUGAUGGCUACUUCUCUGAUGGGGAGAUGAGUGACUCAGAUGUGGAAGCUGAAGACAGUGGGGUGCAGCGGGCCCCCCGGGAAGCAGGGGCUGAGGAGGUGGUCCGCAUGGGGGUCCUGGCCUCCUAAGUCACCCCUACCCCAUCCUGGCCCCUGCCCUGGUCCUCCCGUGAGGCCUCAGCCCAGUCACAACUGCCAUUUCCAAUCUCUGCUGAGUGUCUCAGACCCUUGAGACUGCCACUCUGUCGUGGUUUUAUUUUUAAUAUAGAGAGUUUUGAAUUCCACACUGUUGUCUUUCCUCUGUGCUGGCCUAGGACAGUAGGAUUCCUUCCACGGCUCUGGCCGCAGGGACCAUUGCAGGUCCCAUGCACCAUCCCUGCCGUGGUAGCGCCCCGUCCCGGUCCUGGCCCCGGCCCGUGCGGCGUCACUGGGCUCCUGGCUAGAUGCACGCAAGGCGAAGAAGUGCUCAGGACUCCAGCCCGCUGCCACUGGGUGACAGACUGUCGUUUGGGCAUUAUUUCGUGGCCCAGGGCCUGCCCUGCCUUGCCCCCAAAAUCCCACUGGGGUCCAUCUGGGGGGUCCUGCUGCACUCCACUGAUCCCCAAGGAAGUAUACUAAGUGAUACCCAGCCAGAGUCUACUCACUGUCACAAGCACAACGAGCUUAUAUAAGAAAGCACUGAGCGGGGGGCGCAGAGGGCCCGCUGGUUCCAGAGGAACCGCAGCUGUUCCUGAUCAACCCGCAUCAUCCGAGGCCUGCCCGCCCACCCCGCGACCCUCCACUCCCUUGCUGCUCCGGCCCUGCCAGUGCCCAGCCCGGCGGCUCUGAGAAAGGGUUCCUAGAAUCCUUCCUGAGCUGUGCCAUUUACUCAGGGGACUCCCAAACAGCCAGCCGCCACUGCCGGUGGAGGCUGCAAGGGAGGGCCAGUGCCCAGACAGGGGCGUGGGGCUUAGACUCACCCACUUAGAGAAUUGCUCUGCAGCUCCAACUUCCUUCCUUCCUUCGGGGCCAGUCUCGGCCGAAGUCUGGUCACUCCCAGACAGCUGACCUGACCAGACCAGACCAUUUGCCUUUUCAAAAUUUCCAGUCCUGCUAUGAGACGAGCUUCUUCCUCGGUUUCCUUUUGGAAACUCCUCCUUCCAAUGAGCAGUGGGAUCCCGGGGCCUGUCAUGGGCCGUGUUGGCCUGCUAUGGCUAUUUCAAGUCUUGCUGGAUGAUCCUGGUUCCUCCGUCCCUUUGAGCCCUUAACUCCUCUCCUGGCUGUGCCCUCCCCACCCCACCACACAUACACACACACACACACACACACACACACACACACCCUUACACCCUCCCUGUCACCACCACCCACCCGCCUUUUCCGUCCCACCCUCUAGGUCCCAGGUAGUUGCUCUGAAGAGUUUCAGUGGAGUGGCCCCAGGGUGAUAGCUCAGGGAACAAACAAAAAAGGAAUUCAGUGAAAACGUGGGUUUUUUUUCUUUUAUAAAUUACUCCUGGGUCACUUCCACCACUGGGGAAGCCAAAACUUCUCCAACAACAACCUUGCAAAAGUCCAGUGAAUCAGUCGAAUCAUUCUAUGGAUGCCAAAGAAUAUUUUGACCAUAAUACAGCACAGCCUGGACCUGACAACUUGUCACUUGGACUUUUUUUUUUUUUUUUUAAUGGAGUUCUUUAGCAACAAAGUGUAGAGACAUGUUCAUUGCACACACCCAAGGAGACUGAGCCCAAGCUCUUGGAAGAGGAUGCCGUUCUGCUGCUGAACUGUUGGAAUCGGGAAGCGGGAACCAGCUGUUGGAUUUUGGAUCCUGGGCUGGGCCCACUGUGAGCUUUCCUAAACUCCGAGACUCUUGGGGGGUGGGGAAGAGUACUGACCGCAAAACCAGCAUGGCAAAAGUUUUUACCAUGUGGUUCCCCCACCCCCACCCCCCCCCAGUACACAACACUCAAAUCAGCGGGAUGGGGAGCAGCUUGACCACCCACCCCCCGACUCCAGAACUUUCAAGGUACGACAGUGGCAUUGUCAUUGACACUCGGUUUCAUGUGAAUUUUAGCAAAACAGGAAGCAAAGAUAGGACUAUGUUCAGAAGAUCGGGCAAAUUCGUCCAGUGGGAAUGGACUCGGGACGGGCUGCAAGGAUUCUGGGCGUUGGGAUGGCACAAGCUACCAUGUAGAGUUUAGUCCACCUGCCUCCUUGGUAGUAAUGGCCAGUGCAGUGUCCGCACCAGCGGCCCAACCCUCUUCUCUGUUUACUGCCUUUGAACAGCCCUCCUUCCUUCCCUAUGCUUUGGGUCACAAUCUUGUUUGUGCUGGGUUGCCCGGUCUGACCUCGCAGGAAGCAAAGGGACAAGCUUAAAGAACAACCAAACUGCCAGGGGUGGGGUGCCAGGAAUGGCUCAGGCCCAAUAGACUCCACACUUGCCCCCUCACCCUUUAAUGCAUCUUGAGGCAGAGUCUGGGCUCCCUGGGGGUGGAGAGAACUGGGGAGGGAAUGUAGCCUGGCUGGUGAGGGUCUGGUUCGGGUAGGCCAGACGGGGCAGUCAGCACUCUUUGGGGGGCCUCUGCCCAAGCUGGCCUCUGGAUUCUCUUCUGUGUUGGCUCUUGGCUUUGGACUGGACUCUCUCUGGGGCCAUGUACUUACACUCGGCCCAGGGAUCUGUUUGGUUAGCUGGUGAGAGAAGUGGGGAGCCCCCUCACUCCCUAGCAAGGCCCUAAAGCUGUUCUUGCCAGGCAGCUGUCCACCUCUAUGAUGUCCAGCAAGGCUCCACAGAGUACAAGGAUGCUGGUCCCCACCACUCAUUUCCUCCAUUAGCUACAGCCUCUUCACUCUUUUUCUGGUCUACUGUCCACCAUGUAUACAGCUUUGCUACCUCCUGGCAUUGAGGUUGGAAGUAGGGAAGAAGGCAGGAGGCCUUUUGCAGGCCAGAGGCUGAAACCGCUUCUGCGUGACCACACCUGCCCCCACUCACUGGCCUUCUUCUGGGAGAGAGAAGCUGCUCUGUUCCUCGUUCUGUCAUCCCCAUUUUCAGUCCUGGCUGCACAGCUCAUCCUUCCCCCUCAUCACAGCAAGAAAGGAUAAGGUGCAAGGAAAGUAUUUUUGUGGAUCAGAAAUGUAUUUUAAAGUGAGUAAGAAAAAAGGUAAGAAGGGUUUAUUUUAUUAAAUGAGCUCUCUGACUUUGUGACCGUGUGUGAGCAUUUCUAACGUAAGGGUCUCGAUUUCCUUAGAGAAGCCACUGAGGUUUCCAGACGUGGAUGCUGGGCUCUAGGUGUGUGAGCAUGUGCCAGGGCACAUCCCUCGUGUCCAUGUGCAUGCAUGUCUGUGUGUUGUGUAUGGGCAUACUGGGGGGCUUGCUGGGGCAGAUUCUAGAGAAUCAGCUGCCCAAUACUAACACAUUGGCAGCAACUGGACUUGGCAUUUCCUUGCUCACUGCCAAUGUAGCCAUCUUCUGCCCAUGCCUGGAGCUCUGCAGAAUGGGUCUGGAUGCCUGCAGCAAGGCCCUGGGGAAGACCACCUCCCUUGUCCCUGGCCCAGCUGGCCACAUUGGCCAAAGAGCCAGGGCUGGAGUCUGGAGUAUUUUAUAUUCUGCCUCUGGUUGUUCUUUAAGGCACUUCCUGCCACCUUGUCCCUCAGACGCACAACACUCUGUGCUCCACAAACGACUUGGGGUUGGGGAGUGAUAUGAAUGUCACAGGAGGAGACACCUUCUGUCCUUGUUUCAAAGAAAGUGAUGUGCCAUUUGUUAAUAUACAAGAGAAAUAUUGAAAAUAUAUUGAAAAGAGCAAUUUUAAAUUAUUUUUGGCUUAUGUUGCAAUAUUUAUUUUCUUGUAUUAGAAAAGAUUCCUUUGUAGAGAAAAAAUGUAUUUUUCAUUAAUGCAAAGACCUAUUUCUCUCCUUUUUGUACAUCGUCCACGUUCGCGACCCUUAAUGAGCAAUAGAAUGUACGGCCGCGUCGCUGUGGCCAGUGCCCGCUGUGCCCUGCAUGAUUCUGUGUGGCCGCUGCCGCCUAGUUCCAGCCCCAUCCUGUCCUGCUCAUUCAUGGGGGUUUCUAGACCCUGGCCCCCAGCCGGGCCCGGGGCUCCAGGAGCCCUUUGCACUCCUCGUGUGUUGGCAAACGCAGUUAAUAAAGCAAUGUUUUCUGUGC